AUGGGGAGUGUUCCACCACGAUAUGAACAAAGAAUUGAACUAAUAAAAUCAUGUCAAAUUGCAUUAUGGGAUGUGUGUUGUCAAUGUGAACGAAAAGGUAGUUUAGAUAGUGAUAUAAAAGAGGUAAAACCAAAUAAAAUAAACAAAUUAUUACUUGAACAUCCAACAAUUAAAACAGUUCUUUUCAAUGGUCAAGGACCUUCAAAACUUUAUCAUAAAUUCUUUAAAGAAUUACCUAAUAUUAAAUAUGUCAUAAUGCCAGGUACAAGUCCUGCAAAUGCACGUACUAAAAAACAAACUAAAAUUGAAAUAUGGAAAAAACAAAUGUUUGUAAUAUCAAUUUCAAAUAAACAAAACACAUUAACCAAUAAAUAG